AUGUCGAAAGCACAUCCGCCAGAGUUGAAAAAGUACAUGGACAAGCGGCUUUCGCUGAAGCUCAAUGGAGGACGGGUUGUGUCCGGCAUCCUGCGCGGUUUCGAUCCGUUCAUGAACGUGGUGGUUGAUGAAUCGAUUGAGGAGUGCAAAGAUGGCACCCGUAACAACAUCGGAAUGGUGGUUAUUCGGGGCAACAGUAUCAUCAUGGUGGAAGCGUUAGAUAGGAUAUAG